AUGAGCCUCCAUCUAUUGGUGAAAGAAUGUCGAAAUUCUAUAUUGGCGAGAAGACUCAGGAUUCUUUUGGCUAUUCAACUUACCAUCGUACAUUUCGAAGAGGCCCCAAAGCAAUCAAUUUCGAUAUGUCUUCUUUGCACAUUGCGAUUGCCGGUGCAACAGGCGAUCUCGGACAAUCAUUCGAUUUUCAAAUCACUUCUUGACGCUGGAUUCAUUUCGACGCCCUCACCUCCUCCGACUCACCCCACUCCGACCCGCUCUCCUUUGGGAUUAGACAUCAUCAUAUCAUGUGUUGCAACGCUAGCUAUAGGCAGCCAGAAACCCAUCAUAGAUGUUUUAGUUGCAGCUGGGGUGCGGAGAUUCAUCCAAGCAGAAUUUGGAAUGGACUCUGCCAAUGGUCUCUGA